GUGUACGGUUUGACUUUAAAAGGAUAAUUGCCCUUGCGGGUCAAUGAUCGAAGUUGUUUUGAAACUGACAUUCGUAUAUUGACUAAAUAAUUUAAAGAGAAUAAUAACAAUUUAAAACUCCAAAGCCAGUGCUCUUGAUGCUAAUUUCUGAUCUCGAUAAAACCCUGAUUAAAAGUCUAAAGUAGUAUAUAUAUAUCCCUCAGUUCCAUUGUCACGUUACUAUUCAUUGCGCAGUCGCAUAUACCGGAGUGGGUGCAUGGGGAGCCGGCCCUCAAAGAUACUGAGAACAUGACGUUUGCCCCCACAUCCCCCUUACUUCCCUCCAAAACCGAUCGAGCAUCUUCCUAGCCACUGUUUGGUUGACAGGCAACAAUUCAUGAGUGCUUGACAUUGGAACUUUUUCCGACUUGGUCACAAUUAAUGUGCAUCAGUUCACCUUAAAAUUAUGUUUUAUCCCCGCUUCUGUUCUGAUAAUAACACUCACUAAUAAGUUAAAAUAACUCUUCUUAGCAGGCCAGUAAAGGUCAUCCCAUAACUUGUUAAUUCAGGUCGUUUUUUGUUUUUUUUUUUGAGGGGGGGGAGUGGAUGAGGUUUUACAGACAUAAUUUUUUUGGGGUGGGGACCAUCCUUACGUUAGAGUGGUGCUCUCAGACUUCUAUGAUUUCAAUUUCUAAGUCUGUGGUGGUGCCCAUCUCUUCCUCUCUGCACUACCUUCCCCAACCCUACACACGUCCAUGGACGAUACGUCGUAUGUGUCCUCAUAUGGUUCGGAUGCCUUCUUGGUUUCGUUCCCAAAAGAUAAACCGUAUAGGGCUUUGGCUGUUUCGCGGUCUUCGUGCGAUGUGUAUUUAUGUUUUGACUUUGGUCCCAAUCCUUCCUAAGAGCGCAACCCUAAGGCAACACAAGCAAGACUGCAAUUGGCAUUAUACUUACCUAACCCUUUUCUUAAAUAACAGCUAAAAGAGGGAGGUAGAGUGUGUCGCGUGCUUACCUGUGCUCUGUAUAGAGGUGUGAGCAGCGUGAAGAGACAAAUACAGAAAAUGAACCCUCUGAUGGACGAGGAUAACUCAGCUUACUGUCCCAGCUGUUGUAGCACUCUUGUGGUACCGUACAUUCGAUGUGCUGAAUGCGCUUUGAAAACCGAGUUGUGUCUCAAAUGCUUUGCUCGCGGUGUGGAAUUUGGUGACCAUCAAAAUUCACACUCUUAUUGUGUUGUCAAACUAGACUUUCCUUUAUAUGAAAGCCAUUGGACAGCACAGGAAGAGCUACAGCUUCUGAAGCUAAUCGAAAGCUGUGGCUAUGGAAACUGGAAAGAAAUUGGGAUGCACAUGAGAGAUAAAACUGGAAGUGAGUGUGAGGCUCAUUAUAACAGAUACUACAUAAAUUACCCUGAAGAUCCUUUACCAGGAUUUCCAGAAUACCACCAGCAGAUCUACCCAACACCUAUGGUAUUCACAUUAUCAGAAGACCCUCCUCGGCCACCAGAGGGCUCUGCCAUGUGUACAGAUAUGGCAGGGUACUCAGCAGCCAGAGGAGAUUUCUCAGUUGAGUAUGACAAUUUUGCUGAAAUGGAUAUUUGCAACAUGACAUUUGACCCAGCAGAUAAUGAAGAUGAGGCAGAUAAAAAAUUAACUGAAGAACUUAAUCUUACUCUGCUGUUCAUUUAUCGAAAGCGUUUAAAGGAAAGACAUCGCCGAAAAAGAAUUUUGAAAGAUUAUGGCCUUAUAAACAUCCGAAGAGAUGGCUUGCAGAAAAUUGGAGUUGAGAAAGAACUGCGAAGGGUGAUGGAUGAGAUGAGAGUCUUCACAACACUUAUGUCACCAAUGGAGAAUGACAAACUCCUUGCUGGCAUUCAGUAUGAAUAUGAUCUGAAAAGAGAAAUAAAGAGGCUGCAAGAGUACCGUACAAAUGGUUUGAAGCACUUGCGUAGUAUCCACCUCUACAAAGUGUUGCGCCAGCGCAGAGCAGCCUCAAAACAAAAGCGACACCUGCUGACUGAUGUCAUCAGUCACAUUCGAGACGAAACAGCCUGCCAGACAUGGCUUCAACGUCAUGCUGCAACAGAUGGAAGCAAUAAUUCUUUUAGUGUGCCUCUUCCAUCUGCACCUCGGAGAAAUGCUCCUCCCUUGGACAUCGCAGGCUUCCCAGGCUACGAGAACUUGUCACCAAGUGAAAGAGAGCUGUGUCAAACUGUACGCCUUGUUCCAAAAGCAUACCAGGAGUUCCGUACACUUCUGAUAAAUGAAGACCACAAGCAUGGUGGCCUGAGGCUGGCCCAGGCACGAACACUCAUCAAGAUUGAUGUCAACAAAACACGCAAGCUUUAUGAUUUCCUGGUGCAAGAGGGUGUCAUUAAUAAAAUUAGAUGAUGUACUUCA